AUUUCAGAAAAACUAUUAACACUGGACCAAAUAAAAAAAUGGGAGCAUAUAUAUGAACUUUCAAAUGUUUCUGCAUACAUACGUUUGUGUAUUUGACAAGAUAGCAAUAUCGUCGAUUAGAUAAUAGUUCAUUCAAAGCAGUCGCUCCUCGCUCGUUAAGCUGUUAACACCUACAUAUGCCCGAUUUAUUUGACCAAGAGAAAUGUGCAACGCAUUUAAAUAUUUUGUUUACUUAACCGUAUGCUGCAGCUACAUUUUUGGAUUACCCGACGACGAUUGGCAUUUACAAUUUAAAAAUUGCACGGAACUUAACGAAUGUCCAGAUAACGCUAUAUGCACAAAAGUUGGCGCCAAUUUGAAGUGCAUUUGUUGGCAGGGACAUUAUCAGCAUCCAGACUGGAAGGCAGAUGACAUCGAUAGCAAUGAUGUGGAAUAUUGUGCCCGGGGUAUAGCAAAUAAAACGAAAAUUUUUAAUCGUUUACCGCCAAAAAGGGAAAAUCUUGCGGUUGCCAUUCUACUGAUAUUGUUUGGAGUGAUUGUCGUCACACUAAUACUUUACUGUAUGGUUGUUCUUCAUCCAAUAGACCGCACACAGGCUACUUAUCGCCGCAUUCGAUUACGGCGUAACAAUCAUCGCCGGCUUGAAGAGUUUGACGAUAUUGAUAUGACUUUUCCAAAUUUCCGCAGUGUGGAAGAUCUUUCCUGAUUUUGUGAUGCUUAAGUUGAAAUAUUCAAAGAGUUGAAAAGACUGUGAAAUAUCAAAUAUCUUACUUAUAAAAAUACAUUGUUU